GAGCCCAGCCUGUUUGCGGUGGGGCAGAAAGUGGCCUCGGGUCUUCUGGUAGGAGCCCAUCUGAGAAGGCCGGUCUGUGUCCUUUGCCCGUGGCGACUUUAGGGACGUGGCGACUUUAGGGAUGAGCUGAUGCUUUAGGGGCUUGUCAUGGCCCAGCGGGCAGUGUGGCUUAUAAGCCACGAGCCGGGAACUCCUCUUUGUGGCACCGUCAGAUUCUCCAGACGGUAUCCAACUGUUGAAAAACGAGCCAGAGUCUUCAAUGGAACAAGUUAUGUGCCUAUUCCUGAAGAUGGUCCCUUUCUUAAAGCACUGCUUUUUGAACUUAGAUUAUUGGAUGAUGAUAAGGACUUCGUAGAAAGUCGUGAUAGCUGUUCACACAUCAAUAAAACAUCUGUCUAUGGACUCGUAGUAGGAGGUGGAGAACUCUGGCCAGUUGUUGCUUUUCUGAAGAAUAACAUGAUAUAUGCUUGUGUUCCACUAGUUGAACAAACUUUAUCCCCUCAUCCGCCAUUAAUUAGCAUUAGUGGAAUUUCACAAAGCUUUGAACUUCUUUUUGGGAUACAGGAUUUUCUUUUCUUGGGUCAAAAAAAUGACACUGAGUUAAAUACAAAAUUGAACCAACUGCCUGAUUUGUUCCUACAAGCUUGUCCAUUUGGAACUUUGUUAGACGCCAACUUACAGAAUUCAUUGGACAGUAUUAAUUUUGCUUCUGUGACACAUCCACAAAAACAGCCAGCCUGGAGAGUUGGAACAUACAAAGGAAAACCACAAGUUUCUAUUUCUAUCACUGAAAAGGUAAAAUCCAUGCAAUAUGAUAAACGGGAUAUAGCAGAUACAUGGCAGGUUGUUGGAGCUGUCACUUGCAAGUGUGAUUUAGAAGGAAUCAUGCCAAAUGUUACCAUCAGCUUGAGUCUCCCCACCAAUGGGUCUCCACUUCAAGAUAUUCUCGUUCAUCCUUGUGUGACUUCUCUUGACUCUGCCAUUCUGACUUCUAGUAGCAUUGAUACAAUGGAUGAUUCUGCAUUUAGUGGACCUUACAAGUUUCCAUUCACUCCUCCUUUAGAGUCAUUCAACUUAUGCUACUAUACUUCACAGGUCCCAGUCCCACCAAUUUUGGGUUUUUAUCAAAUGAAAGAGGAAGAAAUACAAGUAAAAAUAACAGUUAACUUAAAACUUCAUGAAAGUGUGAAAAAUAAUUUUGAAUUCUGUGAAGCUCAUAUACCUUUUUAUAAUAGAGGUCCAAUCACACAUGUGGAAUGCAAAGUUAGUUUUGGCCAACUUGAAGUAUUUCGAGAGAAAAGCUUAUUGGUCUGGAUUAUUGGACAAAAGUUCCCCAAAUCAAUGGAAAUUAGUCUUUCUGGAACUGUAACUUUUGGAGCCAAGAGUCACGAGAAGCAGCCAUUUGAUGAGAUUUGCAUUGGAGGUACAGCAUAUUUAAAGCUUCACUUUAGGAUCUUAGAUUAUACACUCACUGGUUGUUAUGCGGAUCAGCAUUCAGUUCAAGUUUUUGCAUCAGGAAAACCAAAAAUAAGUACACACCGGAAACUAAUUUCUUCUGACUAUUACAUCUGGAAUUCUAAAGCUCCUGCACCAGUAACAUAUGGAUCAUUAUUAUUGUAAUUAUUUCAUAUUUAAAUAGGAUUUUUAUAAUGGUAACAUAGCUUCAAUUAAAUCAUUAGUCUUUUAUAUUUAAUGUGUGUGCAUAUAACCUGUGAGAGAAAAAGAGUCAUUGGUUUAAUUAUAAAAUGCUCUUAUUUAAUAUUUUUAGCCUGACAUAGUUGAAAGAACAUUUUAAAGACUAAUGUUGUCUAUUUUGUUACCCUUUUGAUUUUACCCAAGUAUGAUUCAGAGCAUAAAAUAGUAGUGAUUCACGUUAGGCUUAAACUAGUGCUGGAUCACCCUACCAUAUAUACUUUCCUGCUCCUGUGGCAGGCAUGGCUAAUCAUUUGUAGCCUUCUUUCUCCAUUGUGCCUUCCUGAAUAUGGGCUCAGGCUCCUUCUCAUUGCAGAGCUGCAAACAGCCACUCCUGAUGGAUUGUAGAUAAAAAGAUGGAUGUGAAAGAUAAAAAAUCCUGCUCUUUCAAAACCUAAGUAGUAAGUUUCUUGUACAGUGUAUUGUUAUGGAAUACCAGAAACGACUGUAAAUCUCUUGGGGAAAAAAAAUAACCAGUCAAUGAAAACAAAGGAAUAUUGUUUAAAUAGUAACCUAUUCUUAAUCAGAACUAUCUUUCCGACUAAUAAAGAAUCUGAAUAAUUAUA